ACGUUGACGUCUCCACACCAGGAAGUCGACACGAGGGGUGCUUGAAGUGGAAGAAAACCAGCUGACGUCGACUUGACAGAAGAAGCAAAACAAUGACAAGCGCUAUAGUUUGUUUAAAAGUGGAUUUGAUGAUACAAUCAGCGCAAUCCUGAGUGAACUGAGAAACCACCGCAGCAAGGAGUGUUGUCAGGAUGGCGGGAGUAUUCGACAUCGACUUGGAUACUGAAGACGUCACUGACACUGAGGAUGAGAGUUGUGAUGGCACCGUGACAGAGCCAGAUGAUGUACAGAAAGAGGAGGUGGUGCUGACCAGUGAAUGUGUCAACAGAGACAGCGAGAGAGUCGGACCUGAUUUUUUUGAGCUUCUCACUGUGCUUGGAAAAGGUGCCUAUGGCAAAGUUUUCCAGGUGAGGAAAGUUCAAGGUGCCCUGUCAGGAAAAAUAUUUGCCAUGAAAGUUCUGAGAAAGGCUAAGAUAGUGUGUAAUGCUAAAGACACUGCCCAUACACGUGCUGAAAGGGACAUCCUAGAGACAGUGAGACAUCCUUUCAUUGUGGAUCUCCUCUACGCCUUCCAGACUGGUGGAAAACUCUACCUUAUUCUAGAGUAUUUAAGUGGAGGGGAACUUUUCAUGCAAUUGGAGAAGGAAGGCAUCUUCAUGGAGGACACGGCUUGUUUCUAUCUAGGAGAGAUCACACUUGCUCUUGGUCACCUCCACUCUAAUGGGAUUAUUUACAGAGACCUCAAACCUGAGAACAUCAUGCUGAAUCAUCAAGGACACAUCAAGCUAACUGACUUUGGUCUCUGCAAGGAGUCCAUUCAUGAUGGAAGCGUCACACACACAUUCUGUGGCACCAUAGAGUACAUGGCUCCUGAGAUCCUGACACGGUCAGGCCACAACAGAGUAGUAGACUGGUGGAGCCUUGGCUGCCUGAUGUAUGACAUGAUGACUGGAUCGCCUCCAUUUACAGCAGAAAACCGAAAAAAGACCAUUGAUAAGAUCUUGAAAUGUAAACUCAAUCUUCCUCCGUAUCUGACCAUCGAUGCCAAGGACCUCAUCAAAAAGUUGUUGAAGAAGAAUCCAGCCCAAAGGCUUGGCUCCAGCAAAACAGACUAUGCUGAUAUUCAAAGACAUCCAUUCUUCAAACAAAUGAAGUGGGAUGACCUGCUGAACAAGAGAGUGGAGCCACCGUACAAGCCAGAGCUGCAGUCAGAUGAAGACGUGAGCCAGUUUGACACCAGGUUCACGAGGCAGACGCCAGUGGACAGUCCUGACGAUACCUCACUCAACCAGAGUGCAGCGCUCACAUUUGCUGGUUUCACUUAUGUGGCUCCUUCAGUCCUCGACAGUUUAAAAGAAGGUUUCUCCUUUGAGCCCCGAAUUAGACCUGUUCGCCGACACAACAGUUGCCCAUGCACACCCGUCAGUCCUUCGACAUUUUCACCUGCUGGGCCCUUUAAGUCAAACAUUGAUGGAGAGCCAGGACUACAUUCUCCUACAUCUGACUCAGAAGCUCCAGCUUCUGUGCCUGUGGAGAAUGGAUGUGCUAGUCAGCCUAUCAGUACUCCUGCCAGGAACAAGAAGGAAGAGGGACACCACAGAUAAGGGCCUGCACUUCCAGACAUGACCAGGUUGCUCCUUUUCUGUUGUGCUUGGAGUGGUAUUGUGUGUGUUUACUGGCACAAGGGCUUUGCUUUUACUGAUCAAAAAUAAGUUCAGUAUAUCUGCCUUUUAAAUAUUUGAAACAAUUUCUGAAGUCAUUUGAUGUGUGUGACUGUGGACUUAAUGAAUGUAAAGUGCUUUGGGUGUCUGGACAGUAAAUCCCAUUAUUAUUAUUAUUAUUAUUAUAAUUGAUAGGAAAUACUAUUUAUGGGUACAUUGGAUUUUUGUUGAACAUUUCUUGAAACAUUUAGGCAGUUGACAGUUUGAGUUAUUAUAUUUUUGAUGGUGUGAUAUAAGUAAUUUGGAUGUAGCUGGUUGAUAAAGACCGAUAUGAUAGGCUGACACCGGGAUGAGGAUGGAGCGUGUGACAAUUUUUCCAAGCAAAAUGACAAAGCGAUCACAUCAUCAUAUAAGCCAUUUCUGGGUGCAGAACCCGAUGACUGGGGAGAAAUUGUACCUUUUAUAUAAAUUUAUUAAGACGUCACACGACUUGAUAGCAGAUUUGAUCCUAUGUCCAAUGGCAAUGUUGCAUAAUGUCAUUUAAGUAUUAUCUUGCUUUACAAAUCAUAUACCAGUUGUAAUGCAAAAUAAUCAGACACAUACAGUAUACUAGGGGUGUCCCGAUACAAGUUUUUCACGAUAUCGAUAUUGCAGCCUUGAAUAUCAGCCGAUACUGAUAUCGAUCCGAUAGCAACACAAAUUAUACAUACUUUUUAGCAUUUAUUUUGUAGUGUGGAAUAUUAUAAAAACACGACUCAGACAUACUUGUAUGACAUUUCUUGUAGUGUGCAAUGUUAGAAAAGGUUUGGGUCAAGUUAUAUUACUCACAGGAGGUAUGAGGAAAAACUCACCCAUUAACUUCUUUCAUGCAUGUGGGGUAUAGUUUCAUCCACAGUAGUGGCAACUAAGCAUACUAUAGCGAGGUUCGAGAAGCUCAACGAAACGUUUAAACCCAACACUACUCAACGCCGACAGGGAUUCCGCUCAUUUCUGUUCUAACUAAUGACUCUAUGCCUUCCCAUGGGAGUUUCGCCGUGUGAUGCCGCUUCAUAUUUGAGUUUGGUCGCAUUAAACUUCCCCAGUUUGUGCCACCACGGUAACCUUGUGCGUCAUGCACACGUGUGCACUCAGCUGCAACGUCUGACAUUACUGACAUUACUCCUGCCCCUUGCUACUGUGUCAUCACGCUAGCAAAUACUUGUUGUGGUCACAUUGACUCUAUCUGGUCGCUGCUGGGGCGGAGUCUGGAAUCGACUGCUCGUAUCUGAGUUCCCCUGUAAGACAUUGGAGAUGUAGGCUGAUUAUAAUUUUAUUUUUUUCUUUUGUUUUCUGAUAUCGGCCCGAUAUCAGUAUCGGAACGGGACAUCCCUAACAUACACUUAAUGAAGACAUACACAGCAGCCAGUAUCCUGUUCUAUAAGGUACAAUAUUUGCGAUGCAUGAACAAUGUUUUUUUCCCUCAUAAAUGUCAACAUAUUUGCUACAGUGUUAUAAAAUGUCUGGAUAUGAUGUUAAUUGUAUUCAGUUCUAUUUUAUUUGUAUACAUUGACUUUUAAGAACGAUGUAUAGGGUGCUGUCUCUUGACUAAUUAAUGGAAAAUAUGGAGAUUUUGUUUUGGGAUUUGUUGUUUUUUGUGUGUGUGGCUUGCCAUUGAAUUAAAACAUGUUACUACAAUUUUGUUCUGCUCAGAUUUUCUCUGUGAAUUUUCCAAAUGUACAAAGUUGAUGUUGAGAUGUCAAAGAUGUAAUUUGCUUAAUGAAUUUUGAAAAAUGUCAUCAAACUUUGAGCAGAUACCUUCUUCA